AUGGACCCACUAACCCCAGUUCCCGCCUCCGUCAAGCUAGCACUCACUAUUGGCGCCGUUACAGGCGCAACCGUGGCCUUCAUAGCCAACCGUGAACAGGUGUUGGAAACAGCAGAGUCCAUGUUUGAGAAUGGAGCUCGAUUUUGCAGAGCACAGUUGGAGAGGUCCCGUAAGAACAAGAUGUUUGCUGAUGCCCAUGAAGACAACUGGUUUGCCAACCAGAAUCUCUCCAAUGUGGACGAUAGUGACUCCAGUGACGACGAUAUGACCACACCAGACGCCUCUGAUUUUGCAGCAUCGCCAGAAACGUCUGACUACUACGACAGCGACGAUGACGAACACGAAGAGGUGCAGAUGCGGCGCAGAAGAAUGUCUGACGAGGUCAAGGGACACAUUGAAGAGGUGGAUUAG